AUGAAAUUUAGAAAGGCAGCGUGCCGAAGAAAUGGCACUGAUGCAGUUGUUCCCUCCACCCUAACAGAGUUAGUCAACCCGACUCUUUGUAUGAAGCCCGAAGGCCACAGCCACCACAGUCUGAAAUGUGUGACCAGAGAGUGCAGCGAUUGUGGUGUUAGCAACCUUGAGCUCCUUCCUGAAGAAGUGUCAGAAGAAUCUAUGGAGCAAGUGACAUGGAAACGCUACGAAUAUAAAGGGCCUGGGAAAUUUUUAUCCAAUGGACAGGAAAAGAAAAAGAUUGCACUUGUGACAAAGAAGACAGCACCAUGGGAGUUAUUUAAAUACUUCCAGGAUCUUCUUAAACAAUACCCCUACCAUUCAUUCAUGGCUAAAUGACAGAGAGAGCAAAUGGAAAACCUUAUUGAGCACCUUCCUCUCAGCGAGGUGGUCUGUGUUCAUGAUUACUCUGAGGGCUACAGCUGCCGCCAGCAAGAUGAGCUGCAGUCAGAGUACUUCGAUGUGGCAAAAGUUUCUCCGCACAUCACCAUUCUUUAUCGCCAUGCAGUGGAGUCUGUAGAUGGCAAGACAAGUACAGAGGAUGAUCCACACAUUGUCAUGGAGCAUCUCUUUGUGAUUUCAGAUGAUGAUGUCCAAGAUUACCAUGCAGUGCACAAGGCUCAAGAAUUAAUACUGGAAUAUCUUGAGAAUCAGCUGGACAUGACAAUUAACAAGCUUCAUGAGUUCACAGAUGGUUGUUCUGCCCAGUACAAGUCUCGUCACUGUAUUGGAGACCUCUCUUGUAGUCUUACUGACUAUGGAUUCCUAGUACAGAGAAAUUUUUUCGAAACAUCGCAUGAAAAGGGGGAACAGGAUGCUGCUGGAGCUAAUGUCAAACAGAAGGUGAGCCAUGCAGUUCUCAGAAAGACAGCUGUCAUCAGGAAUGCUAAAGACAUAAAAGAGUAUCUUGAGGAGAAUUUCGCCACUCCAGCAGCCUCUACAUUUGCAUCACGAUCCAAAGCAGUGGGUCUCGCUCGUAGAAUAUUCGUUUAUGUUCCCCCAGAAGGUGACGAGGCAGUGAACAGAUGCAGACCAGACAGAGCCUUCAAGGAGCUGAAAGGCGUCCGGAAACUUCACUGCGUCAAGACGACUCCUGAACAGGGAAGGGUCUUCACCAGAAGCCGCAGUUGUUACUGCAUUGACUGCAUUAGUGGUGAAGAGGAGAACUGCAGCAACAAAGAGUGGUUAGAUGCCUGGAAAGAUGUUAAACUGGAAAGACAGUCAACUGUUGCAACAACAAGGCAAGCUGUUGAGGAAAUGGAAGCUAUUCUACUUGACACUGCAGUAAGGGUUGCAGAUCUUGCUGCCAAGGACAGCGUGGUGGCUAUUGUAGCGGCCGACGACCCUGACUAUGAUUACUAUUUAAUGAAAGUAACAAGUGAUGGUGUAGUGGAAUUAGAUGAGCCUACAACAGAUGACUAUGGCUGCACCUUCCCCAGAGGUUCUCUUGGCCUUGAAGGAUAUUUUUUUGUCAGAGAUAACAUCAUGACUUAUAAACUAGACAAAAACAAAACAGCUUUUGUCCUUGCUGGCACGGUGCAGCAUGUUUGCGGGGAGCUACAAGAGCGUAGAAAUAACAUUUAUAAAGUCCCUUUCACUGUAAAUGAAGAAGUAAUUGCUUCUUUGUGA